AUGAACAAGGACGUGUCAACAAGUCUAAGCCAAGAGCGGAGUUGUCCAAGUUCUACUCAACUCACAAUCAACAAAGGGCAGCAGCAGAAUAUUCAACUCACAGAUGAAGAGACUCAAACAGGGCAAGAUGACACAACUUUGCCUUCUCCUGAAACUACCCUACAAAAUGAAAGUGCAAUGUUGGAGCAUGAAAUAUCAACAAAGGGUAAGAGGAUGCCAGGAGUAAAGGCUACAACAAUUGACGAAUUCUUAAAGGAAAAUGGGAUAGAUGUGGAAAUUGAAGGACCAAGCACUGAACUAAGUGAGGACGGGGAAGAAAGCAUGGCACUUGAUAAAGACUAUUAUCAACAUGUGAUGGAGGACAUUGAUGAUGAAGAAGGAGAGCCAAAGAAGAAGAAAACCCGUGGAAAAACAACUUGCAAGGAGAUUUAUGCAAGGACUAUGGAACAGCAAGAAGAAAUCACUUUUGAUCUUGGACAGCCCGUAGGACCAACCGACCAAAGUGUUUCUAAUUUAACUAGUUUUGUUGGCACUAUUGGUAGAAAUAAAAGAUUCGUUAGUCUUUUGUACACUAGUUGGCAUGCUGUUCCUCCUAAAGCUAAAAAGUUCAUGUGGGACUAUGUUAACACCAAGUUUUUCCUCCCAGACAGUGGAGAAAAGUGGGUAAUACAAGCGAUUCGAGAUGCUUGGAAGCGGUUCAAACGAAAGAUUAAGCAAAAGCACUUCGUUCCCUAUGAUAAUAUUGAAGAUAUGGUGAAGAAUCGACCCCCACAAGUACCAGAAAGUGGUGCUCCAAUGAAGAUAUCGAAGUAUGAUCUUAUUUUGCAGCGAGCAACAAAGGAAACAAAGGAGGAACCAAAAAGGUUUGAGAUGUUCAUUGCUACCCGAACAAGUCGGAAGAGGAAAGAAGUGGAUGAGGAAACACAAAUGGCUGUUGAAGACUUCCAACACCGCCAAGCUGCUGGUGAAACAGAAGAGGAAGCAUUUGAGGCCUUAUUCGGGAAAGAACAACCAGGUCGGAUAAGGUUGUAUGGAAGAUCUGUGACAAAGACUGAUUUAAAAAAAUAUGUUGAAAUUAAUGAAAUCAAGAAUCAGCACAAAGAGGAAGUAUCCAGUCUGAAGGAUAAACUUCGACACAUGGAGGCCCAACAGCAAAAACAAGAGGCCAAACAGCAAAAACAAGACGAAGAGAUUCAUGGGUUGCGAAAUAUGAUCAAGUUAUUACUGCAGCGAUCGGAACCUGGAAUGAGGCCAGAAGAACUAGAAGCUUUAUUACAAGACGCCCAACAAUCUCCUAUUGAUGCGAAUAGCGGCCAUGGAUCAACACAUUUUCCGAACUUAGAUGUGGAUAACAAUGAAGAUUAA